AUCAAUUUAGCUAUCGAAGGGUUCAUCUUUUCAUAUAUAGAUAACAUAAACAUCGUAUAUUGUUGGACAACAAAAAAUGGGAUGCAUAGACAUAGAGUACUACAUGCCAGUAUUGGUUAUGUUGUUGAUACAAUCUAUAUAUGCAGGUAUGAGUCUCGGCAUAAGAGUCAUACUUUUGGAGGGUAUGAGUCCUAGAGUACUUGUUGUGUAUCGCCAUGCUUCUGCAACCAUUGCUCUUGCUCCUGUUGCUUAUUUAUCAGGGAGAAACUCUGGCUCCUAUUCCUUAAAUUUAAGGAGUUUUUUCUUGAUAUUCAUGACCUCACUAAUUGGGAUUACAUUAACUCAAAAUUUAUAUUUCGAGGGUCUAUAUCUUAUUCCUUCUUCAAUUGCGACUGCCAUGACCAAUCUUAUUCCAGCAGUCACAUUUAUAAUAACAGCCUCUGUAGGAAUGGAGAAAGUAAAUAUUCGAAGUUUGAGAACUAUUGCCAAAAUUGUGGGAACAUUGAUAUGUGUUGGUGGAGCAAUGUCCAUCACAUUGUUGAAAGGUCCGAAACUACUAAAUGCUGAAAAUUUACCUUCAAAAUCUACCAUGGCUACAACCUUGGGAAGUGAUGAUAAUUGGUUGCUUGGAUGUCUUUUUGUUUUGGCAAGUAGUGUUGCCUGGUCAUUGUGGCUCAUUUUACAGGUUCCAGCUUAUGCAAGUCAUCCUAAUUAUAUAUCAUUGUCAGCUUGGAUGUGUUUAAUUUCAACAUUACAAUCAGCAGUAGUAACGCUAUUCUUGGAGCCAAACCUUAAUGCUUGGAAGAUUAAUUCUCUCCUUCAAUUUGGUUGCACUUUGUAUUCAGGAAUUAUGGGAUCUGCAGUUGUAUUUUGUCUCCAAGCAUGGUGCAUUACAAAGAGAGGACCUCUUUUUUCUGCAAUGUUUAGUCCUCUGGGAACAGUGCUUGUGACUGUAUUGGCUGCCCUGUUGCUUCAUGAGGAAAUAUACACUGGAAGCUUGAUAGGCACAAUUGGAGUGAUAGUUGGCUUGUAUAUUGUGCUUUGGGGUAAAGCUGAAGAUGUCAUAGAGAAAAUAGAUCCAAAAUCGGCGUUUAUUGAGACGGAGGAAGUGAAAUUUUUGAGAAAUGAAUCUCGUGGAGAAGCAAGUUGUCGAAUUAAUUUGGAAGAACCGCUUUUAACCAAUGUUUUAAACAUAAAACCAGAGAUCGAAUCAACAAGACGUUCAUGAUUCAAUUAGUUCAACCAAUUGAACCACAACUAGAACAUUUAAUUAAUAAGAAUAAAGUCGUGUAAUACGGUUGAUAGAGAGUGUAGUGAAUAUGUGAAUAUAUAUUGAACACUAUAUAUAUAUGCACUUAUUUCACUUGAUCGCAUUACAUUGGUAUGGUAUCUACAUUACUUCCACAAUAAUUGGUACAAAUCACAACUUGUCACUAACAAACUAGUAGCUGUCAGUCAGUCAAUAACUACCACAAAACAGAAAUUUAAAAACUAAUAACAUUGCUUGGGUACGUAACAAGUAAGCUAUCAAUUAUA